AUGUCCUCCGAUGAGGAGGGCGUCCGACGCCCCAGCAAUGACCAUGAGAGCCCUGCGCACAGCAAUGCCAAUGAUUCUGGCGCCGACCAAAUGGAUGAAGGCGAUGAUCUCUUCGGCUCGGACGGAGAGGGCGGACUCGAUGACAUUGAACCACACCGCAACCUAGACGAUGAACAACUUGACUCAGGCGAUGAUGAGAACCGCUAUGAUCGGCGCGAAGACCGAAUGGACGAUGUGGCCGAGGAGCAGCAGGAAGUCAAUGUUGCUGACCAGGACCUUGCUCGGGCGCCAGUGCCAUUGACCAACGAUGGAGAGGUCUACACAAUGCGCGUGCCGGAUUUCCUCUCUAUCGAAGGAGAAGAAUUCAAUCCCGAGACUUACGUCCCACCGCCUUAUCAGACCGCUGCUACCUCCCUAUGCUGGCGCAAGGAUCCUGCGGAUGACUCCCUUUUGCAGUCUAAUGCCCGCAUGAUCAAAUGGGAGGAUGGCUCUAUCACUCUUCAACUCGCCUCUGCUCCUCUUGAGCAAUACCGCAUCGCAUCCAAACCCCUCGCACCUCUCACCAAGUCCGGCGACUAUGACCACAAGCUGGACUCUCACGUUUAUCUCGCUGCUGGACUUGAAACAGCCCAGGUUUUCCGAUUGACCUCACAUAUCACCCAAGGUCUGACUAUUCUCCCGACUACCUUGGAAACGGACGAUGCCGUUCAGCGAUUGCAAGAACAAUUGGCUGCUGCUGCUCGUGGUAGCAAGCAGACCGCAGCUGGCACUGCGCCGCGCUAUGAACUAACAGAGGAUCCCGAGUUGGCUGGCAAACGUGCCGAAAUGAUGGAGAAGGAAGCUAUCAAGGCCGAGCGCCGUCGCCAGCAACUUGCUGAUCGUGAGGCCGACCGCGGUCGCCGCCAUGGCGCUACUCGCACUGGUCCUAGCGGUCUUAGUGUCGGGGGUCUUGAAGAUGGCGGUUUGCUUACAACUCGUCCGCGUGCCAAGCCUCGCCGCCAAAACCGCCGCGGCGAGAUCUACACCGACGACGAAGAAGAAGAAGAUUAUUCUCGUGGUGCCCGUAACAGAGAAGACGAGUACGAUGAGGACGACGGAUUCUUGGUUGGUAGCGAUGAGGAGGUUGAGGAAGAAGCCGAAGAUGAAGAAGAGGAGCUGGAGGAUGAAGACAUGGACGCUGAAGGUGAAGACGAUGUGGAGGCUGCACCUGCGAAAGCUGCCCGUGGCAAGCCAGAGCCUCAAGCCAGGGACGGUACACCUCCUGCCCGAAAGAAGAACCGCUACGUGGUGGACGAUGAGGACGACGAGUGA